AUGGACGAUGAUAUUAUGAAAGAACAGGGACUACGAGAUAUUUACUACAGUCCUAAGACUGGAUUCCAAACACCAGAGAAACUAUAUCUUAGAGCAGUAUCAGACGGACUUAAAGUAACCAGAAACCAGGUUAAGAAAUGGAUAAACGAGCAGGACACAUACACUAGGUACAGACAAGUAUUUAGGAAACAUAAGUUCAGACAGACGUACGUUCAAACUUUAGGUGAACAGUUACAAAUGGAUUUAGUUGAUAUGACAAAAUAUGAUGACAAGAACAAGGGAUACCGAUGGAUUCUCACAUCCAUUGAAAUACUAAGUAG